UUAGUUUCACUGGAGAGUGUUUUUCUAAACGACACCAUCAGGAGAGGACACACAGGAACUGCUGAGAGAAGGGACGCAGUUAGAAUAUAUGACAGGUGAUUUAUUUGCCUGAAGAUAUUUAAGGAACUACAAAGGGCAAAACUACCAUUUGAUCACAAUGGCUUCAUGGAAAUGUGUCUGUGUUCUGGCAGUGGUAGUUCUCACGGCAACAGGAUCACACUCACAGAGUGUGUGUGGAAAUGCGACCCUGAACACCAGGAUUGUGGGGGGUGAGAACGCCCCACCGGGAAGCUGGCCUUGGCAGGCCAGUCUGCAUCUGCAGGGGAGUCAUGCGUGUGGAGGGUCUCUCAUCAACAACCAAUGGGUGCUGUCUGCCGCUCACUGCUUCAAUAGCGACUCAAAUACUGCUGACUGGGGUGUUUAUCUGGGUCGGCAGUUCCAGAAUGGAGAUAACCCAAACGAAGUGUUCAGAUCUGUCGUAAGCAUCACCACUCAUCCCAGCUACAGCCAAGUGACCAAUGACAACGACAUCGCCCUGCUGCAGCUCAGUUCCGCCGUCAGCUUCACUGACUACAUCCAGCCUGUCUGUCUGGCAGCAGACAGCAGCAUCGUCGGUGCCGGCGUUGACACCUGGAUCACUGGGUUUGGCACAUUAUCCGAAGGCGGGAGUCUGGCCAAUACUCUUCAGGAGGUGGACGUGCUGGUGGUGUCGAACAGCCAGUGCGCCGCAGAUUAUGCAGCCUAUUCCAUCACAAACAACAUGAUCUGCGCAGGCCUGGCGCAGGGAGGAAAAGACUCCUGCCAGGGAGACUCCGGUGGCCCAAUGGUGAACAAGCAGGCCUCUGUGUGGGUUCAGUCUGGCAUUGUGAGCUUUGGAGAUGGCUGUGCCCGUCCCAACACCCCCGGGGUUUACACCAGGGUCUCCCAGUACGAGUCCUGGAUCACCUCACGGGUCAAUGGUCCCACGCCUGGCUUCGUCUCGCUGUCCCUCCCGGGCAGCGCUGCCCGCCCCCUCUUACACUUCCUGCUGUCCCUACUUCCCGUCUUCCUGUCCGUCUUUGUCCUCUCUGGCUGGGGACAGUGAAACUGCAGCGGAUUGGUCAGUUUCAAAACAGUACAGUACUAAAACUGCAGUCGAUUGGUUAGUUUUAAAACUGUACGGUACUGAAACUGCAGCGGAUCGUCUCUUUUUAAAACAGUACAGAGUUCUUGUAAAAACAGAAUUGUACUUCUGAAUCGUUUCAAGACUUUCCCUAAUAUUCUUUCCAAGCUGUUACACAAAUAGUGCACCCCUGAAGUUUUAAUGAAAAUGAGAUUCUAAAUAAAAGAGGUAUAGAUUUUUAUGUAACAUCAUAUAUAUAUAUAUAUAUAUAUAUAUAUAUAUAUAAAUAAUUCCAUGUAUGUGAAUGUAUGCAUAUAAUGUACAUAACAUUAAGUGAAUACUGAACAUGUAUAUAUGUGUACUUUUCAGAUGAUUGGCGUAGCAUUGUGUGCCUGCCGUUCCUUUCCAAUAGGUUGAUUUUAUCAGUACAAUAAUUACAGUAAAUACAGUGUAGCCUUGUGGGACCUGAACACAGAACUUGCAUCCUCAUACUCAACAAUCUUAGGGCAUGCCGGGUUGUUCUAAAUAAAUUAGUGAAUAAAAUUUUGAAAACAUAACCCUUGAAUUGAAUUUUCACUUGAAGCCACCCUCUAAAGUGCCUCUUGUCACAGCCUUUACUUCCUAAUCUAAUACUGUGAUUCAUAGAAGGGAAUUAGAAUAUUUCUGAUGGAAGACACAUCCAGCAGAUUUAUAUUGUGGUAAUUCAUCAUUAUGUAAGCAUCAAUUUAAAGGUUAUUUUUAUAUCUGUAUUGCCUCUUCUUGCUCUUGUUAAUGUUGUCAUAAUGGGAAUUUAUCACUUAAAGUGGGUCCCAACCGGAUGUAUGGAUGCAGUUGUAUAAAUUCUUUAAGAGGAUUACAAUAAAUUUGUAGAGAUGAAA